GCAUACAGCAAAGCAGUUGAGUUUCUGUGCGGACUCUAUGCAUACAGCAAUGCAGUUGAGUUUCUGUGAAGUGUGACAUGGCCGAAUCGUAGCGAGUUAUAACUGAACAUCUAACUUGCGUUUCUACUAUAAUUUAAGUGAAUACAAGUCCGGAUUCAACUGUGAAACAUCCAAGUCAAGUGUCCUACGCAGCAAUUUGACUCAAAAAAUAUAUUGUUUGAAAAAAAAAAAAUAUAUAUAUAUAUAUAUAUAUAUAUAUAUAUAUAUAUAUUUAUUGUAGGAAAAAGUGCGUGGAGGAAUAACAAAACGCAACACGUAUCCGGUGGGAUUCCACUCUAGAGUGAGAGAAACGCAAGGACUUGGAGCGAGGGUGCAAGCAGAGAGGGGUUUAGUCGCAAACAGAAGAGGAAAAGGAGAGAAGGAGGAAGAUUUGGUAUUUUGGCCGUAUCUGCACAUUUUAUUAACGGAAUAAUGAGGAACAUUUGGAUAAUUUUGACCCUCGGCAUAACGGCCUUUUUCUCGGGGGAAAGGAUAGUGGUCGCGGCCAAGUCGUCAUCCGAAGUGGAUGACCUUUUCAUUGACGACACAGGGUCCGGGGGUUACUACCCUGAAGAUGAUGACGACUUUAACUCAGGGUCAGGAUCAGGCAUUGGUGAGGAGGUGAUUGAGGAGGCGGUGACUGUGAGCACGCUGUACAUUGCCCCCAAAGCAGAACCCACCAAGGACUCCACCAAAGACUUCACUCCUAGAGUGGAGACAGCCACACCCAGAGAAGACCUGCCUAGGGAAACACCCAGGAAGCCAGUCCGAACAGAGCACCCAGUACCCGUCACAGAGGACGAGCGUAACAACCAGAUCACCAGCGCCCCCAGCUCACCCCUGGAGCCCAUCGAGGUGCGCUCGGAAAACCUCUUCCAGAGAACAGAGGUGCUGGCAGCUGUCAUUGCGGGCGGAGUUAUUGGCUUCCUCUUUGCCAUCUUCCUCAUCCUCCUCUUGGUUUACCGCAUGAGGAAGAAGGACGAGGGCAGCUACGACCUGGGAGAGAGGAAACCGUCUGGGGCAGCAUAUCAGAAGGCCCCAACCAAGGAGUUUUAUGCAUAAAGCCCCGCCCCCUCAUGAGAAGAUUGACAAAUCACAGUGACAGUUUAUGGCUGUCCAUGACAACGACAAAAGCUGUUAAAAUGCAACAACAACAAAAAAAGUAACAAAUUGAUUGAAGAAAACAAUUAAUAAAGGAAGCUUUUGCAUAGAGUAUUGUAAUUAAGACAUUUUCUUUCUUCUUUAAAAAAAAAAAAUGAAAAGCCAAGCAUUGCUUAUUUUAUGGCAAAUCUCAGUGUAUUUAAACAUUUUGUGUGUUAUUUGAAAAGGCUGGGAAAAAACGACAAAAAACACAAUCUGUAAAGGUCAGAAAAACUGAUUGCAUCUGUCUUCUGUCAAAGCAGCCGUUUUUAGUCGCUGACUACUUUUUAACUGUAGCAGUAUGUAUUUGUAAAGAACAUUUUUAAAAGUGGAAAUAAUUGAAUAUAAUUAUUCUGUAUCAAUCCUACUUUCAUAUUUUUUUUCAUUUUUGUCCUAGCAUGUCUGACAUUGAUCUCAAAAAGGUGUAUUUCAUUAAUUUAUCUUUUUUUUCUCCGAUGUAAAAAAAAAAUGCCUUUGUAGUUUUCAUGAAGUUAUUUAGUCUUCAUAUUAAUGCUGAUAACGGUCAAUGUAAAUGUUCUCCCUUCAGGUUACAAUGUUUAUUUUUUGCUCUCACACCAAUCUAGUGGAAAGUGAGCAUUUAAUUUAAAUUUUGUUUGUCUUGUUUGUUUUCUUUCGAUGUCUCUCUUGGUCAAAACCAUUUCUUAUACAGCAUACAUGUUUAUAAUUGGGAAUUGGUCUUAAAAAGCUAAGAUGUGUCAGGGGUUCAAGAAAAAGAUACAAGACCUACUUUACAGUAUGUCUUGUGGUUGAUUAUUUUAUUUAAUUGCAUACGACUUUUCAUAUUGCACAUUCACUGCAUUUCUCCUCUGCUGGUCUCGUUCAGCUCUGAGUGUUUAGUAUGUUUGGGGUUAAAUUUGGCUCAGUGGCAUUGCCCUGCAACCCCCAAUGUUUCCCCCUAGUUUACGUUGCCUGUCCCACCUCCCCCCUCUCUUCCCCAGCACUCUCUCCAUCUCCUCAUGGUAAUCAAAUUGGACCAGCGCCAGUGGACCUGUCGGCCCCUCCCCUUUUUCUCACUCCACUGUGUUGCCAGCGCGCCCAGUGUUUUUGUCUCCCGUGUCGAUGGUUUAGUCAGGAGAUCCUUUCUUUCUAUGUGCAACUGGACACGCACCAGCUGCCAAUUGAAACGAGUCAGCUCUGUGCGGAUCGCAGGGCUGUUCCUAGUGAUUCAGAACCUGUCGUUAGAGUGAAAUGGAACUUUGGAUCCUUUUUCUAAGGUUUCAAGUGUUGUGGUCAGUCAAUCCAUUUCGAUUUGAGCUAACCCAAAACAUAACGUAGUUGCUGUCCUGCAAAAUUGUAGAUUACACCUUCCUCUGUUUCGUGGGGAGGAGCUCUCCUGAGAGCGAUUAUCAGACAGUGUGAGGUUGGUUACCAAGAACAAAACAUAUACCAGGAACAAUACAUCCUUUGAUUGACCUGUUGUUGUCACCCUUUCUCAUUGAAACGGUCACCUCUGCAUGAACCUGCAGUGAGGAGAAAGGUACAACAGGUUGUGAAGUUGCCUUUGAGAUGUUGAGCUGUACAGUAAUGCGAAGUAGAGGUUGUCAUCUGAACUCCUACCACCCAUCUGAGGCCAUCCUCCUCCAUGCAUCCCUUCCUCCUCCUCCUCCCUCCCCACUCUGCUAUACCCUCCAGCUCCUGCCCUCUACCUGCAAUCUCUCUCUCUCUCUCUCUCUCUCUCUCUCUCUCUCUCUCUCUCUCUCUCUCUCUCUCUCUCUCUCUCUCUCUCUCUCUCUCUCUCUCUCUCUCUCUCUCUCUCUCUCUCUCUCUCUCUCUCUCUCUCAGCUUAUCAUAGAAAGGAAGGUACUGAACUGCAUAAACAAAACCCAAAGACUCACAAUCACUAUACAUAUUCCCAUUAUGGCCACAUUUAUUUCUUUGUUUUUUUAAAUAUUGUUAUUCUAUUAGAGACCUGACCAUUGAUUCCAAUUGCGUAUUAGUAUAUGAAAAUAUAUAUUAUAUAUACAAAUGUAUAUUCACCAAUGUUUUAAACCUUCAAAGUGCCUAACAUUUGGAAAUGUACUUGCUCUCUUGGAGAGAAUAAGGAGAUGCGUACAUUACACCAGGGGGAUGAUGAUAAUGACUGGCAUUUUUUUUUUGUCUUACAAAAGCAGACAGUAUUGUACCUAUGCGUUGAAACAACACUACUGAAUAAACAUUGUGGCCUAAUA